AAUUGUCAGAGUAUUCAUUUAUUCAGAUUAACUAAUUAUAUGCCAAAUCCAGUGCUAUGAUUUGCUCAGACGUCCCAUGACGUCAGAAGCGAGAAAUCUUCAGUGACAAUUUUGGCCUUGUCGCUUGGAGGCGCUGUGUAAUCUGAGCAGUAAGAAUUGACACGUGUGUUGAUAAACAUAAUCACGAUAAUUCCAUAGAUUCACCGCUAUUUUGUCGUAUUUUGAUGAGCCAAUGUUGUUGAACCUUGCUACUUGCAUCUUUAUAUUGGACGCAUGGUCUCACAACUCUGGUUUAUUGUUGUCACGGUGGUCUGUGGGGAAAUUAGUUAACGUCACCUACAGUUCAACAACAACGCUUAUGCGUUAGUCACCCUACCAUAUGUCACCCUGAUUAUUGACACCCUUUAUCUGAAUGUGAAUCAGGAUGUGUGCUGCAAAAUCAGAUGGUAAACCGGAUGGUAAACGAAAUGUCAAACCAGACGUCAAAUCAGUCACCAAGCCGGACGUCAAACUGGACAUCAAACCGGAAGACUCUGUCAGCCAAUGUGGGAGCAAGACUUCCGCAGCUACCUCGACUUCUAGUUCGAGUACCCAUUUACGAGCCAAGGCAAUGGCCAAGCGUGCAGCCCUUGCAGCAGCGGCUAAGGGAUUGCAACUUCAGCAAGAACUAGAGGCAGAGCAACUUCGAUUAAAGCAGAAGCAGGCACUUUUGGAACUCCAGACUAAACUUGAGAUUGCAAAGGCUGAAGAGAUGAUCUACAAUGAACUCUAUGAAGAGAAUGAUGAUAAGAAGCCACAAACAAGUCACACCAAGAAUACCACUCAAGAACACACUGAGUCUGGCUUAGAUACUAACCCUCAAGGUCAAGGUAAAGGUCACGUUAAAUUGGAACCAAAUCUAGAUGACACAAUUCCUUAUCCAAUUUCAGCAAGAUCGCCCUCAUUCGGGCAAGCUGAAGGACAAUACCAGAUGCCAGAUAACUUCCAACAGAUGUCCCAGGCUCAACUCAACAAUCAACGUCUUCUAGAGGCCAUAAGUUUGUCCAACGCAGAUGUCUUCAAGUUCAAUGGGGACCCAUUAAGAUACUUUGAAUUUGUCCGAUCUUUCGACAACCUCAUUGGACGUUCAGCACUCGACAAUGGUGCUAAACUCUUGAGGCUGUUUAACAGUUGCGAAGGAGAACCGAAGAAGAUCGUUCAGUGCUGCAUGAUUAUGGACCCUGCUGUUGGAUAUCACAAGGCCAGGACACUCUUAGAAGACAGAUUUGGGAGUAGAUUUAAGAUCAGUCAAGCAUGGGUGAGAAAGGUCACAAGCGGACCAAACUUGAGACCUACUGACAAAUCAGGACUACAGAGAUUUUCUGAUGACCUCAAGAUCUGCAACACCACCCUUCAAGCAUUGGGAAUGAUGUCUGAGAUGAGCAACCAACAACAUAUGAUGAAGAUCAUUGAGAGGUUGCCGUAUUACUUGAAGAGUAGAUGGCUACGAGUCGUGAAGGACAUUCGUCACCAUGGACGUGCACCAAACAUCACUGACGUGGUUAACUUUGUCUCGGAUGCAGCUGAAGAGGUAAAUGACCCUGUGUUUGGAGCCUUGGUUGAGGUGAAGAGAGAAUAUCCUCCCUCUAGACAGCCUGUUAAGCAGAAGACUACUACUAGUUCCUUCACAACAUCUGCAGAUGACAAUAACAACAAGACAUUCAAGCGCAAAUGUUAUUUGUGCAAAGCGGAACACAGUCUCUUUGGAUGUGAUACGUUCAAGAAGAUGACUCCUGCUGAAAGAUUGCAGUUUGCGAAGAAGGCUGGUGUCUGCUUCAAUUGCCUGGUCAAAGGUCACAUGACAAAGGAUUGUUAUUUGAAGAGGACUUGUACAGUUGACGGAUGUGGCAGGAAACACACAAAGUUCCUUCACAUAGCUCCUGGUAAACAACAGCAAUCAGGAAAUUCCCAACAACCAGCUCAGUUUGAUUCUCAAGCCCAGCCUGAUCAGCAACCUCUUGGUACACAAAGUCACGUCACAGGGGCCGGUAAAUUGAAGGUGGCUCUUCCCAUUCUACCAGUACGGGUCUAUUCAUCUGAGGAUGACUUUACUGUUGACACAUUUGCCAUGCUUGAUCCAGGUUCGACGACCUCCUUCUGUACAGAAGACUUACGCAAAAGACUUCAUGCUACCGGGAAGAAAAGAACACUUUCUCUGUCAACUCUGGAGCAUGCAAACAAUCAGUUGGAAUGCCUGGAAAUUAGUCUUACAGUUCAGGCCCAUGAUACAGAUGAACUCGUCACCCUUCCUCAUGUUUACACCAAGAAGGCUAUCAAUAUAAGCUGCAACAAUGUAAGUCAAGAAGACAUAUCAAGAUUUCCUCAUCUCAAGGAUUUGAAUAUCUUAGAUUCUACCAGCUUCGUGAAGGUCGACUUAUUGAUUGGCCAAGACACCCCUGAGGCAUUGAUUCCUUUGGAAGUACGACGAGGGGAAGAUGGUCCUUUUGCCAUCAAGACAAAGCUUGGCUGGACACUCAACGGACCUUUGGUAAACAUAGAUGAAGGAAACACACAGGCAUCUUCAAGUUUCAUAUCCAAUGAUGAUAGUUUGGAAACCCAGCUGAAACUGUUCUGGUCUAUGGAAACUGUGAAGGGUCCAGAAGAUGCAAGAGGAAUGUCCGUCAAUGACAGAAGGGCAUUACAAGUUUGGGACAAUUCUGUUUGUCUUAAGGAAGGACACUAUGAACUCUCCAUCCCUUUCAAGGAGGACCCUCCUAGACUACCAGAUAGCCGUCCUAUGGCUGAAUCAAGAUUGCAGUCACUUGGUAAAAGGUUGGCAAAGGAUGAACGACUGCACACCAAAUACAAGGAGGGAAUUGCAGAUUUGCUCCAACAAAACUUUGCAGAAGAGGUCCCAGAUCAGGAAGAAGACAGCAAUUGUCCUACUUGGUAUCUGCCCCAUCAUCCUGUGUUUAACCCCAAGAAGCCAGACAAAACAAGAAUUGUUUUUGACUGUGCUGCAAAGUCUCAGGGACGGUCUUUGAAUGAUGCUGUUAUGCAAGGCCCAGACAUGACAAACAAGCUGCUUGGAGUUCUCCUGCGCUUUAGACAAGAACCUGCCGCCAUGAUGGCUGAUAUCCAAGCCAUGUUCCACCAAGUCCGUGUACCACAAGCAGAGCGUGAUGUGCUCAGAUUCCUCUGGUGGCCAGAAGGUAACUUGGAACUACAACCCAAGCUAUUUCGAAUGUGUGUGCAUCUAUUUGGUGGAACAUGGAGCCCCAGUGUUUGCAGUUACGCUCUGAAGAGGACGGCAGAGGACCAUCAGGAAGAAUACAGCCCUGAAGCAGUGACAGCUGUUGCGCAUAACUUCUAUGUUGACGAUUGCCUUAUUUCCUGUGAAAAUGAAGAAAAGGCAAUAACUGUUGCAGCAGAGUUAAGGAACCUACUGGAAAAGGGUGGUUUCAAGUUGACGAAGUGGGCAAGCAAUAGCUCGAAAGUCCUUACAUCAAUUCCUGAGGAAGACAGAGCCAAGCAAGUUAAAGGUUUGGAUCUCAACUGUGACACCCUGCCUAUUGAGAGGGCCCUUGGAGUUGAAUGGAAUACUGAACUGGACUGCUUUAGCUAUAAGAUCACUCCCAAGGAUAAACCAUUGACUCGUCGAGGAUUGUUAAGUGAAGUAGCGUCUGUGUAUGAUCCGUAUGGAUUUGCUGGCCCGUUCAUCUUGUAUGCCAAAGGAUUGCUACAGGGACUGACAGCCAUGAAAUUGGGAUGGGAUGAUCCCAUUCCAGAUGAAUAUCGGGUCAGAUGGCAAAAAUGGAAGGCUGAGCUAUCUCAGAUGGAAGAUGUAAAAAUCAAUCGAUGCUACAAGCCUUAUGACUUUGAACAAGUGGUGGAAAAUCAACUUCAUCAUUUUUGUGAUGCUUCAGAGAAAGCAUAUGGGGUAGUGACGUAUCUACGCAUGAAGAAUGAGAAAGGAGAAGUCGACUGCAACAUCGUCUUGGCCAAAUCUCGUCUAACCCCCCUCAAGAAAGUGACACUUCCUAGAUUGGAACUCAUGGCUGCAACCUUGGCAGUAACGAUGGAUGGAAUGAUCAGACAUGAGCUUGAUCUUCAGCUCAAGGAAUCAGUCUUCUGGACAGACAGUGCCAUUGUACUGCAUUACAUCAGCAAUGAAGACAAGAGAUUUCAUACUUUCGUCGCUAAUAGAAUUGCCGCCAUAAGAGAGGGAUCAAAUCCAAAGCAGUGGAGACAUGUGAGCUCUGACCUGAACCCUGCAGAUGACAUCACUAGAGGACUGACACCAAGAGAAUUGAAUGGCAGAUGGCUAACAGGACCAGAUUUCCUGUAUGCUGAUGAAGAAGAAUGGCCAAGAUGUCUUGAACUUCAAGGACACAAAUUGAACAAUGACCCAGAGGUCAAACAAGGUCAAACUCAAGGAGUAUUUUCUUCUACGCACUCAGAAGAUGUCAUUGAAGCUCUGAUAAGAAGGUAUUCAUCAUGGUUUUGCCUGAAGAAAGCUGUAGUGUAUAUGCUGAGACUCAGAAGCUAUUUGAGAUGGAAAGCAGGUCACAAGGUCAAUUUUGAAGGAUCUCAAAUGAAUCACCCUUUGUUUUUGUCAGAGAUGAAGAAAGCAGAAGAAGCUGUCAUACACUAUGUGCAAAAAACACAUUUCAAGACUGAGUAUGAAUACCUUGAAGGAAUGCCCCAAAUCAACAAAGAAAAUGACAAGUCAGUGAAGUCAAAGGAAAGAAAGGUAAUGAAAUCAAGUUCCUUGUCAAAACUCAACCCAGAAAUGAAUGAAAACGGACUCAUUUGUGUAGGAGGCCGACUGCAGCAUAGUACUCUGAAUGAAGGACUCAAGCAUCCACUAAUUCUUCCCAGGAAACAUCAUGUCGUUGAGCUGCUUGUAAGACAUUUCCAUGAACUCACUGGACAUUCUGGACAGGAACAUGUCUUAGCACGCUUGAGAGAACGCUAUUGGAUAAUUGGAGGACGUUCUGCAGUAAAGGAAGUACUACGCAAAUGUUUUGUUUGCAGACGGCAAUCAUCACAGCCCAUGGAACAGAAGAUGUCUGAUCUGCCUCGAGAGAGAAUCACCCCUGAUAAGCCUCCAUUCACUAAUGUGGGGGUAGACUGCUUUGGACCAUUUACUGUAAAACAGGGACGAAAGGACGUCAAGAGAUAUGGAUGCAUAUUUACAUGUUUGGUUCUGAGAGCCAUCCAUAUUGAGGUUCUUCAUGCUAUGGACACAGACUCGUUCAUCAAUGGUCUGGAAAGAUUCAUCUCGAGACGAGGAAGACCAGAGGUUAUCUGGUCAGAUAAUGGCAGUAACUUUGUUGGGGCUGAGAGAGAAUUGAGAGAAGGAAUCAAAUGCUGGAAUCAACGCCAAAUUCAUCAAUUCCUACUUCAGAGGGAAAUCACCUGGAAAUUCAACCCACCUACAGCAUCUCAUAUGGGAGGUGCUUGGGAGCGCCAGAUAAGAACUGUACGCAAAGUCUUGGGUGCUCUCAUGAUGCAGCAAAGUCUCCACGAUGAAGGACUGACUACGCUAAUGUGCAAGGUGGAGGCGAUUGUCAACGGGCGCCCGCUGACUGUGGUGUCUGCAGAUCGGAGGGAUCCUGAACCUCUGACGCCUAAUCACCUCCUUUUGAUUAGGCCGAAUGCUGAGCUACCUCCAGGGGUAUUCGACCAGAGUGAUCUCUACUCACGCAGAAGGUGGAGACAGGUGCAGUACCUCGCUGAUGUAUUUUGGAGGAGAUGGACGAAGGAGUAUCUGCCAACAUUACAACACCGCCAGAAGUGGGUCAAAGAAAGAAGAAAUCUCGACGUGGAUGACGUCGUUCUCGUCGUCGAUGACAUGCCUCGUAACAAAUGGUUGCUGGGCAGAGUGGUUGAAAUCUACCCCGGCAAGGAUAAGCUUGUGCGGUCAGCAAAGGUGAAAGUGGUCACAGGAGAAUUGACAAGACCGAUUCACAAAUUGUGCUUGUUGGAAUCCGUGGAAAGUGAUGAAAAGUAA